UUAGCACCGUCGCCUUCGUAAUCAUAUGCCAUCAUUUUCUAACGGCCGUUGUCAUUAACAAAAUUGCAUUAUUGCUUGUGGAUUGCAUCUUUUGUUAUAUACUUGUAUGUGUGAAGAGUUGGACGAUGGUGGAUGCUUAUGGUAUUGAUGUUUGUCCGGCUAAUCACGGGGAUAGCUAUAGCAUUCUCCCCCAACUGGUGGGUCUUCACUGUCCUGCGGUUCUUCCAGGGGUACGCUGCUGUCUCUCUUUAUAUCAUCGCCUUCAUUGUAGGAACCGAGUUUGUCGGGCCAUCGAAACGUAACGUCACCGGCAUUAUCUUCGUCAUCCCUUUUGCUUUCGGCAACGUUUGCCUCGCGGGCAUCGCCUACUUCGUACCAUACUGGAGGACUUUAGAACUAAUUUGCGUCUCCCCGGCACUUAUCUACAUUGGCUUGAUGUUCUUUCUUCCGGAAUCAGUGCGUUGGCAAAUAUCGAUGGGAAAGUAUGACGAGGCUGAGAAAGCUCUAGUGAAGAUUGCCAACUCGAACAACAAGCCCCUUUCAAGUCCAUUUUUCAGCAGUGAUUUCAAGAAGGAACAAAAGACCGCACCAAAGGAGAGACGAGCUACAGGAAUUGAUUUAUUCCGCCAGCCUCGAAUGAGACUACGAACCAUCAAUCUUAUCUUUACCUGGAUGGUGAAUGCAACGGUGUACCACGGUCUAUCACUAAACACCUCAAACCUCGGUGUCAACGACUACGUCGCCUUCGCAGUGUCAGGAGCCGUCGAGAUCCCCGCUUGCCUACUCGCUGUGGUCGCUGUAGAGAUCAAGUUUAUUGGACGAAGGAUUAGUCUCAGCGCGAGCAUGUUGGUCGGCGGCGUCGCUUGCCUCUUUACAACCUUCAUACCACCCGGAGCAGCACUUACAUCAGUUGCAAUGAUUGGUAAAUUUGGAAUUUCGGCAUCUUUUGCCAUCCUGUAUCUCUACACCGCGGAGCUGUACCCAACCAAUAUCAGGAGCGUGGCCAUGGGAACCUGCUCGAUGUUUGCACGUGUCGCCGGCAUCCUGGCGCCCCUUAUACUCACACUGGCCAGGAUUUGGACUCCACUACCCCUCGUCAUCUACGGGUCCGUCUCAGUGAUCGCUGGCCUCCUGACUCUCUUCCUCCCCGAAACAUUAGGCCAGAAGCUCCCCGAAACGAUCGAAGAAGGCGAAAAUUAUGGAAUGGAAUCUGACGAGAAGAACACCCUUUCCGGUAAAGAUGGUGUCUACAUUCGCUGCCAGGAUGAUGAAGAGGUCACCAUCAUAGAUUAAUU